UUUUCCUCCAUGUGGCCCCUGAGCUAAAAUGAGUUUGACACCCCUAAAAUAGAAGCAAACUUCAACUUCAAGCUUGAAGCUACAACCAUCACUGCACCAAACCCAUUAAUUGUUCUGUAUUUUUUCUCACCCUUGGCCAUGGUCUUCAUCUGGUUGUGACGGUCCGGGUGCCAGCCUACACAGCAUGGAAGGGACGGAACCACCAUGGAGAGAGAGGAAGCGGAGUGAAGGAUUUCAGACUGCAGAGGAAAACACCAUGGAGAUGGUGGGAUGGGUGAGGCACGUGUAUGCAAAUGAGCGCGGUAUACUGGGGAGCGUCAGGGUCUCCAUCUGAUUCUUGGACUGGAUCACAUGAGACGCCAGCGGCCAACCCAAACCUUUGCGAAUUCCUCCUCCUACACCCCCCACCCCACCUCCCACCUGCCCAUCUGGAAGUUAAUAAGAGGGAACCCACGCAGAGAUUCCCUCACAAGCUCACACUUGGACCCAGACAACACUCACGGCACACAAACGGAACCAUGCCUGUGCCAAAGAAAGCAGGAAGAAAAAACAGCGCUGCAGCUGAAGAGAAGCUGCCUCCCUACGAGUCCAACAUCCCGGAACCCACCACAAGGGCCGACUUCGUCAAACACUGGAUGCCCAUCUCCUUGGACGACAAAACCGCACAGAAACUGCUGUGGAUCUCAGAGGGCGGAGCUAAGGUUGCUCGCACCUCCGACGCCGUGUGUCCGUAUCCCAACAGGCCCGAGCGAUAUGAACACUCGCCACAGGUCCUGUGCAAGGAGGGUCUUCUGGGCUCCCGGGGCUACUGGGAGGUGGACUACGACGGCUGGGUGGUGAUCGGCGUGGUGGCGGAGAGUGCGCCCAGGAAGGACGGCCCCUGCGGCCUGGGGGAGAACGCCAGCUCCUGGGGGGUGGGCUGGUCCGGCUCCUGCUACCAGGUGUGGCACAACGGCGAGAACGUGGACAUCAACCUGCCCCCGAGCCCCACCAUGGCCGUCUACGUGGACCAGCCGGCCGGCAUCGUCAAGUUCCUGCUGGUGGAGGGCGAGGACGCCAAGGAGGUGCGGCUGGUCCACAAGUUCAAGAUUGGCCUGCAGGAGAAGCUUCACCCCGCCAUGUGGGUGGGCACAAACUCCUUCUGCCUCAUCAGGAAGAAGGAGCAGUGACUCCGCUCAGGCGUGGAAGUGGACAUUGAGAAGAGGCCACCUGUGGGGCGUUAACCUCCUCCUCAGUGCAAAUAUUCAAGUAACACCCACAAUCCUUGGUGCUGUAAACAUGGCCGUUUGUGCCCGCUCCAUUUUCUAAGACUUUUUCUGACUAGUGAAAAUCUCCCUAAACUUGUCUUUUUAUGGUAUUAACGUGUUUUUAUUCAUAACCUUGUCAAAAUCUCCCCAAAUUUGUCUCAAACAUUAAUUUAGUUUUGUUCACAUUUUAGUUAUGUUAUGAACAUGUUAUUCACUAUUAACCCUGCAACCUCAUAUUUGUGCUACAAACAUUUUUUUGUGUAUUAUUUUAUAGUUUUUGUUAUUAACGUGUUAUUAUCCAUAACCAGCCCCCCCUUACAUUGUCAAAAUCUCCCCUAACUUGUCUCAAACAUUUGUGCUCCAUUUUUAUGUCUAUUACAGUUUUAAUGUUAACAUUUUAGUUUUUAUGUUAUGAAUGUGUUAUUCACAAUUACCCUGAUGAUGUCAAAAUCUCUGUCUAUUGUUUUAUGUUAUUGUUUCAUAGUUUUCAUGUUAUUAACGUGUUAUUAACCAUAACCAGCCUCCCCUUACAUUGUCAAAAUCUCCCCACACUUGUCCUAAACGUUUGUGCUGCUA